ACGAGCUCUGGUUUGGUUUGGACGUGGCUGACAAGCAUUAGCGAGUGAGCACCACCCUGCAUACGCGCUGCUGGAGGCAGUGAGGCAAGGAGCACGAGGUGAGCGCAGAGGUGUUGCGAGAUGUCCGACGAGUAGCGCCUCUCCUUACUCAUCGCGUUCGCUGAUUUGAUCAGUUAUUGCGUGGCUCAUCUAGGUAGUGCGUAGCAGUUCGUUAGUUCAGCUAGUUUAUUUGGCGGAUUCGCUCAGUCGCCUCGUCACAGCGUCAUUGUCCUUCAUUUGCGCGAUCUGCGCGCGGCAGCGGGAAAUGAAGCACCCCUGAUCGCGACGCCCAAUGCAGUCGCUAUUCCCUAGUCCGUUACUGGCAUAUCCGCUACUCGUUACCCCGUAGCCGUGCGCAGAACGAACCUGCUGUUUUUUCCGCCACCAGCAGAACCGGGACACCGAUUACUGCCCGGGGGAUGCGGCGCGUUUCGCGGAGAUCGCGGGCCAGGCUUCCGGUGCGCCUGGUGCUGGCGGCGGGACUGUUGGCGGCGGCGACGGUCGGCUGCCUCGCGCUGCGGCCGGUGACGGCGGGCGCGCUCAGCGGCGCGUGGGCGGCGGCGAACAGCUCGGGCAACGACGACGCGGCCCUCCUGUACGCGCAAUGGAAGCGCGCUUACCGCCUGGGCGCGUCGCUCGUCGAUCUGCCCGCCGCCCUCUCGCUGCCCGCGGGCGUGCCCCCCGCCCCGCACCUGGAGGACUGCAGCGCGCGCACCGCCGCACGACAGGCGCUGGAGAGGCGCGGGCGCAAGGGGGAGUCGCCCGCAUGGGCUAUAGGGCGGCUGCCGCAACCCCCGUGGGUACGCGGGUCGGAGGCGGGCAGUCUGGGCGGCACGCGGGCGGCACAGAGGGACCUGUGGGAGCACCAGUUCCCGCCGCACCGCUGCCGGGGGCGCCGCCUGCUGCUCGUGCAGUGGCUGGACAUGACGUGGCACGGGCUGGGCUCGCAGCUCCACGUCAUCAGUUCCAUUCUGAGCGUGGCGAUGCUCUUCAACCGCACGCUCGUCAUCGUUCCGGGGACCUUCCCGCAGGCAAACCACCGCGAGUGCAAGUCAGGGGGCAAGCAUGCAUCGCUCGACUGCUACUUCUUCCCCAUCGCCUCCAUCCACUGCCAGCGCAUUGCCAUGAACGCUUAUAACGAGUACAAGGAGCUGCGGGGGCUGGUGGGGCGCAUGCCGAUGGAGCGGGCGGAGUUUGAGGCGGGGCGGUCGCCGUGGGGCACGUGGGUGCAGCAGCAGCAGAGGCGCGUCAACGCCACCCGCGCCAGGGCUGCUGGUGAGGGGGGCGCUGGUGGCGAGGGGGGGUUAGCGGAUGCUGUGAUCCCACAGAGCGGUGGGCACAGGCGUAUCGACCAGGAGGCAAUUGAAGGGCAGGGGGAGGCGGGGAGCGAGGCGGAGCGCGGGGCGGUGCAGUGGUGCGGGUACGAGGCGGGGGUGACCCUGGAGUCGGACGCGCUGGUGGUGUUCGGGUGCAGCCCGCUGCUGCCGCGCUGGGCGGGCGGCAAGUACCUCAAGCACCUCCGAGGCGCCGCCGCACGGCUGUGGGGCGGGGCGUACAGGGAGCGCACGGUGACCAACGAGGUGAGUGGCCAGCUGGUGAGCAGCAGCGCGCUGGUGAGGGUGCAGUGGUGGCGCGCGCAGUCGCUGCGCUUCAUGCUGCGCUGGCCCACGCGCUACCUCUGCCACAUCAUCAACCGCGAGCGCCACCAGGUGUACGGCAGGCAGGUGGCGCACAGCAUGGCGGCAGCCAUGGCGCAGCAGCAGCAGGUGGUGAGCCGGGCGGCGCAUCUGGCUGCCAGUCUGGGCCAGGACCUGCAGGCCCUCCUCGUGCCACAGGCGCACGGCAAAUGGGUGGGCGGCGACGGCCACGCCUCUAGCAUGCAGCUGCUGAUGGCGGUUGGAGGUAGGGGGAGCCCAGGUGAUGCGCUGCAAGGAGGAUCGCAAGUAGGCUCAUCGCACGGCCCUGGUGCUGUUGCUGGUGGUGGAGGUGGAGGGGGCGAGGGUGGGGUGGGCGGCGAGGUGUACAUGCCGCGGCCCAUUGUGAGUGUGCACGUGCGGCAGGGCGACAAGGCGUUUGAGAUGCGCGUCUUCUCCUUCCCCGCCUUCCUCUUCAUGGCCAACCGCAUCAGACGCCUCGACCCCGCGCUGCACAACGUGUGGCUCAGCACCGAGAUGCAGAGCGUGGUGAGGCGCUCGUCGCGCUUUGGCAACUGGAACUUCUUCUACUCCAAGCUGCCGCGCCAGGAGGGCAAGGAGACCAUGUCAAACUACCUCUGGCACACCGGCAUGGCUCGCGUGGUGGGGGCCAGCUUUGCCAACCUGCUGCUUUCCUCGGAGUGUGAUUACUUUGUGGGAGUCCUGGCUUCAAACUGGAACCGGCUUAUCAACGAGCUCAGAUUAACCAAUGGGAGGUUGUUUGCAAGCUAUAUCUCAUUGAAUAAUGAUGAAUGGUAGGUGUAGCCAUUUUUGUCUCGUUUCAGGGCCCAAAAUUGGUUUUAGGCCACACUUAGGAAUCAGGGUACAAAAAACUUGUUGGAAAUACCCCGAGGACUUGAGCGUUUCUGAAGUGUAACACUAC